AUGUCUACGAAACAAAAGUCCGAUGUUAAAGUUCUCAAGGGUCAAGAGGCGGAGGACAAGGUUCUGGAAUACGUCAAAAUGAUGAAUCGACCAUAUGGUGCUGUGGAUGUAUCUGCAAAUCUCAAAGGCGCUGUGCCGAAAACGGCUACCCAGAAGAUAUUGGUUGUGCUUGCUGAGAAGGGUGAAUUAGUUCAAAAAACAUACGGCAAGGGCUUCAAGUCAUCGCUGCGUGUACCUGCCGGACAUAAUGUCGACCCCCAGGGAAAACCACUUUUUUUGUUGCUGAUCAAUCCAAGAUUGAAACACUUCCGGCUGAACAAUUAG